GAACCCAAAGUUCUUUUUAUCCAUUUCUCAUAUAUAAGAACUCUUACUCUCACAAGAAAACAAAUACUCAUUUUCUUUAUCAAAAAAUACAUACUACAUAGUUUGGUAAAGAAAAAAUGAAGUCAAUAGCUACACUUCUCUUGGUGCUGAACUUUUGCAUGUAUGUCAUAGUUUUAGCCAUUGGUGCAUGGGCUAUGAAUAGAGCAAUAGAUCAUGGUUUUAUUAUAGGUCCGGAAUUAAAACUUCCAGCUCAUUUUUCACCCAUUUUCUUUCCAAUGGGAAAUGCUUCAACUGGAUUCUUUGUUACAUUUUCUUUGUUGGCUGGAGUAGUUGGUGUUGUAUCAGCAAUUUCCGGAAUCAAUCAUAUCUGUUCAUGGACUGCUAACAGUCUGCCAUCUGCAGCUUCAGUUGCUACCCUGGCUUGGACUCUUACACUUCUUGCCAUGGGCUUUGCAUGGAAAGAGAUUGAGCUUCAAAUUAGAAACGCGCGCCUGAGAACCAUGGAGGCUUUCCUAAUUAUCCUCUCAGUUACACAACUUCUCUACAUAAUUGCUAUUCAUGGUGCUGCUGCAUAUAAUAUAUAUACUUGAAAGUUGAGAGUUUUUCUUCUUUUUUUUAUUUAUUUUGGUUGGCAUGAUGGAAUGCAUGUAUAUUUGUAUUUCUUUUUUAACUGUCUUUGAUUUUUUUUACUUUUUCUGAUGUAAUUUGAAUAAUUGGAUUUGUAUAACUUACAAAAGCAAUAAAGAAUAUCUAA